CCAAAAAAACUAAAAAAACAUUCUAGAAGAAAAUGGGAAUUAAGGGAAGAGUUGGAUUUUUUAGAAGCGGUUGAAUUGUAUGGUGCGGGAAAUUGGCAGAAAAUGUUGGGCCAUGGAUGUCUCACGAACAGAACUGCAGUAAACUUGAAAGAUAAAUGGAGGAAUAUCUUGAAG